UCCCAGCGUCCCCAGUUCAGCAGAGCCCCGCGCCAGUCUCUCCACCUCUGGCACCGGAAGGCGAGAAGAGAGGGCGGCCGGCCGCCCUGCCACCUAGCUAGCUAGCCAGCCAGCCACCCCGCCCCCUUCUCCUCCUCUCACCCCCCCCCCGCGGCAGGGUUCUAGUGCCAGCCUUUCCAGGGGCAUUGCGGCCGCUUCCGGAGAGCGCGGGGCGGCCCGGGGGCUCCGGUUUCUUGCGCGGUUUAUUCUUUGCCCACCCCGCCCGAUGCCAGAGCCCCGGCCGGCCGGGGACAGGAGGAACCGGGCGCUGCCACGCGAGGAGAGGAAGGGAAGUGAUGGCAAACUCCAACCCUGCUCUGGAACUAGACAAUGCAGAAGCCUUCUCAGAGCAAAGUGCUGGGGAUGCAGGGACAAUCUUAGAGCUUGAUGGAGAAGACAUCCCCGGGAUACUGAAUAUGGAUCCCAUCAACCUACCACUGUUUCAAACUACAGGAGUCACAGAUUCCCCAGUGGAGCUGCAGGAAGCCAUCACAGACCAGGAACUACAUGCCGUGGAGCUCCAACAUAUGAGCAUCGAGGAUCUCGGAGAGCGUUUUCAGAAGUGCAUUGAAGCAGUGGAAGAGCUAGAGGGGGAGAGGGACCAGCUUAUUCAGGAACUGAUGCUCCUACGGGAACCAGUCCUUGAGGAAAUCAAACAAGCCCAUGAAGAGAUCCUUGAAGCCUACCGGCUGCAUGCCAAAGUGGAGCUUGAAAGAGACAACCUGCGGGAUGAAAUUCGGCAAGUGAAGUGGAAGCUGUUUAGGGUGACACGGGAAUGUGUGGCAUGCCAGUAUCAGCUGGAAACCAGGAGGCAUGAUGUGGCCCAGUACACUGUCUGCCGGGAAGGACUAGAAAGCAGGGUCCACCAGCUCUCAGAGGAGCUAUCCCAAUUGAGAGAGACUUGCGAGAAAGAGAAGGAACAGCUCAGUGAGUACCUGAAGGCCCCGAGGCCCCGAAGGAACAGCUGCUACCUCCAGGAGACCCGGCGGCUUUCCAUGGAGUUUGAGAGCUUUGUGGCAGAGAGCCAUCAGGGCCUGGAAGACCUUUAUGAGCCUAAGCUGAUGCGCCUCUUAGAAAGGAGAGAAACCAGCAGAAAGACUUUGCAAAAGACACAGGGCGAGAUCCAUAGACUGAAGGAAACUCUAAGACCACUGCAAGGAGAGGUCAGCAAGCUACUGCUGCAGAACAAGAACCUGGAGGAGCAGAUCCUGCUCAUUAAGCAAAAGCGGGAUGAAGAAGUCCUUCAAUAUAAGGAACAGGUGGAGGAGAUGGAAGAAAGGCUGAGGGAGCUGAAGAAUGGAGUCCAACUUCAGCAGCGGAAGAACCAAGAACUGGAAGAGCUGAGGGCCAGUUUACAUCAGGAGCUAUCAAACUACAAGUUGCAUGCCUGGGGAGAUACCUUGGAAGAAGCAUUUGAGCAAUGUGCUAUGGCCAUGUUUGGAUACAUGACGGAUAUCGAGACGGUUGAACCUUUGGACACGGUAGAGGUGGAGGCAGAAGGACAUGACAUGCUGUCUCUUCUCUUCCACUUUCUGGAUGAGUGGCUUUACAAAUUCAGCGCAAAUGAAUUUUUCGUUCCAAGGGAAGUGAAAGUGCUCUAUAUUGAUCGAAUGAGAUUCAAAAUACGGUCUAUUGGGUGGGGAGAAGAGUUCUCUUUGCCCAAGCAUCCCCAGGGCACAGAAGUCAAAGCUAUAACAUAUUCAGCCAUGCAGAUUAAUGAAGAUGAAAAACCAGAGGUCUUUGUCAUAAUUGAUAUCUAAACAAAGAGAAGUGUGCCACUCAGAAUUGCAUUGCCCUCAUUUAAUUGGCAGAGGUACCAUACACUUCUCAAAGGGUCUGUCCUUCUGGAAAAGAUUCAGCAGUUGGCUAAAAUGGAACUGCCGUGCUGGGGAGCAUCUCAUUGGCUGUGGCAGCUUGGAUAGAAGAACCCUGAGGAAUGUCAAGCUCUGGUGUCACUGUCGCUGAUACAUCAAGCAGGAAACAUUGAAAAGAGGAUGUGCUGAGGGCUGAACUGUAGCCCAAAGGUGAUCUGGUAGUGCAGCCUAUAAUGUAGUUUUGUAAUUAAGAGUACGUAAGGAAGUUAGUGGGAGAUUAAUAUUUUCAAUGAAAUGAAAGGAAUUUUCAAUGAAAGGAAAUGUGGUGGGGAUUUAAAAAACUAUCUGCUGUCUUAAUAAUACUACCUCUUUUACUGCUUCUUUUGUCAUUUAGAACCCCCUGUAAAAUACCCAUAAUCUAAUAAUGUUUUCCUCCAGAGAGAAAUUUUAAGGAGAUUACCCUGAAUUCUCUCCCCUUCAGUAGUCAUAUGAAACAAUAUACAGAGGUCUAAUGCUGUCAAAAUGUUCUUGGUCAUCUUCAGCCAUGUUAGGAGACUAUGGAAGCUUGCCUCCCAGGCUCCCUCUUCUUCCAUUGUAUGUGAGCUUCCUACCCCAACCACUAUCGUUUUCCCUAGCAGUAUGGUAAUAUUGCAUCAGCAUUGGUGUUAACUAUGGUUACUUCUAACCAAGAAAUAAGCCACUCCUGAACAUGGUUGCUAAGGAAAUUCUGGUUAGCAUCCAUAGCAGAGCUUGGAAAAGUUACUUUUUUGAACUACAACUAACAUCAGCCCCAGCCAGCAUGGCCACUGGAUUGGGCUGAUGGGAGUUGUAGUUCAAAAAAGUAACUUUUCCAAGCUCUGAUCCAUAGUUAAUGCUGUUUCAGACAUUACAUUAUAGCAUGGUUAAAACAAACAAUGGAAUGGAGAGGGGCAUUCAUGCAUGCAGGGGGGGAAAGGGAGCAUGCAAGUCUGUAUUGUGCUCCCAAAGUCCUAACCACAGUUAAAGAUUGGGACUGUUGUGUCUCCACCAAGACUAUGAAAGGAAGAAACAAAGGGACAGAUAAUUAUUUAUUAUUAAUUUAUUACAUUUAUACCCCAUCUUUUCAUGAUUGAAACCCAAGGCGGGCUUACAUGUGGUUCCCAGGCAGUCUCCCAUCCAGGCACUGACUAGACCUGACCCUGCUUAGCUUCAGCAGGGAGCUGGCCUCAUGUGCCUUCAGACCAUAGCCUGGGACUAGAUAAUCACUAUAUCUAUUUUGCCCUAUGCGGUGGGGGGAGCAGAGAGCUUCUUGUGCACAAUCUAUAUAAAACUUGAAUUGCAGACUUAAUACACAGAUGUUGGGAUUGAAACCACAAGUCACAAUCUCUUAUAAGCAGCAUUUAUUUCAUUAUCCAUGCACAGGAGCAUAGCUUGGUGCUGGGUGUCUUAAGCUUGUCCAUUCUGUACUCUCCUUCUUCCCAGUGGUACAAAUCCAGCAUUUUUGUGAUGAAAUGGGAAUACAGUACAGACUAUUUCUAUAAAGCGGCCUUCAUCAACUCCCAUCAGUCCCAGCUAGCAUGGCUGUGCUGACUAGAGCAGACGGACACUGUAGUUCAAAACAGCCUGUGGAUACCAGAUUGAUGAAGGCUGCAGAUAAGGAGAUAAGGCUUCCUAAGACGAGAGCUCUAGCCACAGUGCUCCUCUGUGCUCAUCUGUGUGUGUGUGAGAGAGCCAGUGUGGUGAACUGGUUAGAGUGUCGGACUGGGACCUGGGAGACCAUCCCUGUUGAGCCAUGAAACUCACUGGGUGACCUGGGGCCAGUCAUGGUCUCUCAGCCUGAUCUACCUCAGAGGGUGGUUGUGAAUAUAAAAUUGGGAGGGGGAGAACCAUGUUUGUCUACCACCUUGAGCUCCUUGGAGGAAAGAAAGUGGGAUAUAGAUGUAAUAAUAAAUAAAAUUUCCGUUUUUAUGUGCUUCAUUUAGCUGUAUGAUUCUGCAAGGUCAUUGGAGCACAGAUUGGAACAGGCACCCUUCUAGUCUAUUUAAAUGACAGAAAGAGGAGAAUUUUGGUUUAUUUUAAAUAACUUUUUUAACAUAAAAUAUUUUUUAAAAUAUAUUUUCAUACUUGUGUGCAAAUAAUUUUAAUGCUUGGGGAUGUUAUUGUUCUGCAGUAGAAGUAAUGAAUGGAAACUCAGCAAAAUGCUGCACUAUUCUCCCCCCCACACACACCUUUCUCAGGAGUGCUCUAGCCACCCUGGGAGAAGAAUUUGAUAGGGCUGUUGAGGGCUCACAGGGACCAUCUUUCCUGCUCUCCUGAAACUUUUCCCUCCUGUGCCAUGUGGAGAGGCAAGUAUGUAGGGGGGAGGAGAGUUCUGUCUCCAUCAUACAGAAAGCUCUUAGGGGCUCAAGCGAGCCAAUUCUCUUUCCCUUCCACUUUCUUAUUUGCCUCCCACUCUCUUUGUUGUUUCAACCAUAGACUUAAUUGCUAGACUCACCGACUGCCCAACUUGUAGUACCUGCACUUAUGUACCAGUACCAGGAUCACUGCAUACUUUUGUCUCUCCUUCCUCUUGCCGUUCCCAAUUUAGACUGAAACUUCUUGGGGUAGGGAUUUAUUUAUUUUUGCUUAUGACACUCUGUAAAGACUUCUAAAUGUGUAUUGAUUGUGUUGAAUAAACAGUAAUUGUAUUUAUAAA